UAACUAUUCAUGAGCUUAGCCUUGCCCAAAGUAGGAGUGGUGAUUCCGCUCUUUACCCGUCAUUUGCGGGAUAGGCAGACCGUCGGAAGUUUGUGGAGAUGGGCUGACGGUUGCACACUACCGUACAAGAGAUUCACAGCUGCUUAAAAGAGUGGUAAUGCACAUGUUCAGAAAUGCCAUACGUAGAUCGUCAGAAUCGGAUCUGUGGCUUUUUAGACAUCGAGGAAAUGGAGAACAGCGGCAAGUUUUUGCGGCGCUACUUCAUCCUGGACACACAGGAGUGCAGCCUGGUGUGGUACAUGGAUAACCCUCAGAAUCUUCCAGUAGGAACAUCCAAUGUUGGAUCCCUCAAACUAACAUAUAUUUCCAAGGUUAGUGAUGCCACCAAGCUGCGACCAAAGGCAGAGUUCUGCUUCGUCAUCAAUGCUGGAAUGAGGAAGUUUUAUCUUCAAGCCAAUGAUAAGCAGGAUUUAGUGGAGUGGGUCAGUUCACUCAACAAUGCCACCAAAAUCACAGUGCCAAAAUCAGGUGAGCAGGUGUGUCAUAAUGCAGCAGAGACAUGUGUGGACUCGCUGGGUGCCACAAAACAAGUGUCCUAUAAGACGGAGAUCAUCGCUGGAGUUCCCAUCAUCACCACCACACAGGAGAAGGGUGAAGGUCAGAACGGAGCAGACCGGAGUGGACUGAGGAAACCUCCGUCAGGUCAGCUGCCAUAUUAUCUGAGCCGCAUUAACCAGGACCAGUCGGUGAUUAAAGCUGGAUAUUGUGUUAAACAAGGAGCUGUGAUGAAAAACUGGAAGAGGAGGUACUUCAUGCUGGAUGACAAUACACUCAGCUACUUCAAAUCAGACAUGGAGCGAGAGCCGUUACGAGUUAUCCUGCUGAAAGAGGUCAACAAAGUACAGGAGUGUAAGCAAAGUGAUUUGAUGAUGAGAGACAAUCUCUUUGAGCUGGUCACGAUCUCGAGAACCUUCUAUAUUCAGUCUGACAGUCCAGAGGAGAUGCAUGGCUGGAUCAAGGCAAUCUCUGGGGCCAUAGUGGCUCAGCGGGGCCCGGGGCGCACGGCAGCCUCUAUGCGUCAGGCCAGGCGGCUCUCAAACCCUUGUAUACAGAGGUAUACAUCCUGCACUGGUGAAUGCAGCACGAGCCCACUGAACCCGCCCCCGUCUUCAACAGCGAAUCGAGUGUGCCAGCCCCUCGCUCACCCCUCCCCGUACUCCAUUACCCAGAAUGGCACUCCGCCUCGAGCCCUCAGCAUGGCGUGGGAGGGGCCCGACCUCAACAGUCUGCUGCUGGGGGCCCGAACACGCCUGUCGCUCCAGGAGUCGCCCCAAAUCUUCUUCAAGUAAAUGACGAUGACUCGUCGCUGUGGCAAUGCCCAAGCAACAGAACAGAGUCACCGAAUUGCUCGUCGGAUGAAGAUCUGCAGGUUACCAAGGUGUAAGAAUAUACGACUAGUCCACACACACACACACACAGUGCAAAAAAUAGUGUAAUCUGAAAACAAGCAAAACUAUUAAGGUCAAAAGUAGGACAUGGACUGCCCUGUGGGAUUAUGAGAGUUGGCUGAUCAUUCUCAAGCCUCUCACAGAAGUGUACAUUAAAACCAGAGAACUGUCAGGUGAUUAUGAGGCCUGUGACUUCCCUUUUCCACUCAAACUCAACUGUAUCACAAGUUAUUACUAUAAUCUUGAUAUUAAAAUGUUGUUCGAUACUGAUAGCCAAAAAUGAUUUUUAUGGUGUGGCCGAUAAUAAUGCAGAUAAAGUUACAGUUUACAAACAGACGCUCAGCGACGGCACUUCCGGGUUCUUUUGGCACUGCAGAAAAGAACUGCUGUCUAUGGGCUCUUCACUCAAAUUGAUCUGAAAAUGCCCCAAAAAGUGCUGUUUGAGGAGUUGAAACACCCCGUUUCUGAAAGAUUAUUGGAGAUAUGAGGGCUUCUUUAAAUUUCCAUCAGGAUCGGUGGAACAGGACAAACUCAGGAUUUGACAUCAUUUAUGAUAUUUCUCUGAUCACCGUCAUUGUUAUCCCGCUGCUGUUGUUUGUAGAUUUGAACUUUUCAAGAGGGAAUUGCACAAAGUCUGAUUGCAAACUAAUUCUCAAAGUGUGACAGAUAUGAGGUCAAAUAUGAUCUAACGAUGAUCUUAUAUAAACAGGACCACCAUGUAAGAUGAGCUGCAACCCGUCUCGCCUCCACCGCAGCGCAUACUGGCUGUUUGUGAGUGGAUAUACGAAUAAAAAUAAUAAUAAUGUAAUGUCUUUGCAUUUAUUUUGAAUGCAUAAAGUAACGUUCAAUCUAAACCGGCUGUAAUUAAAGUCAAAUAUUAUUAUUUACUGUAUGUAAUUUAAGCAGUAAAGACAUAUAUUGCAUGUCUGAUGGUAGUUUUCAUUUUUCUAUGCCACAUUUCUCAGGCUUCAGAAGUGUGUUAAGCGUGUGAGGAUUAUAAUCAUCAAGCUCUUACAUGUUUGACAUAAUCAUACAGUCCUUUCGAAACAAGUUAAAUCUGGUUUUGUUGAUAGUUUAGAAAGAACCUACAUAUAUUUCUUCACUGUAAACCAUAGAUAUUCCUUUAUAAUAACUUGUAUUAACAUAAACAAACAUUACUACAUUAUAUAAUGCUCAAAAGAUUAUUAAAAGUGCACCACUGCUCAUAUCCACCAUUGAAAUCUGCUGAAAUGAACCCGGAAGCGCAGCUGCCAGCGGUGUGACGUCAGAGUAAUUUCCUCUGUGCUGUUCUGCGGGUGUUUAAACAUACAGUAGUGUCACAAGUCAUCAAAACAUUUAAUGUGCCGUAGAAAAGAUGGAAUAUUGUUUAGUGCUUUUGAAAAUGCUGUUACAGUUUAAAUUGGGAAAAAUAAGAUCAAUAAAACUAAAUUAAAUAUAAUAAAUUAUAAUAAAAUAGGUUUUCAUUUAUAAAUAUAUAUAUAUAUAAUAAAAUAACUAUUUAUACAUAGAUAUGUAUUAUUAAUAUAAUAAAAUAAAACAUUUUUUGAAUUAUUAUUUAAAAAUACAAAUAUACUUAAAAUUACUUUAUUUUUUUAUAAUGUUUUUAUUUUUAUUAAAACAAUAUUAAAUUAAAAAUAAAUAUAUAAAAUAAAAUGUAUUAUAUUAUCUGUUUCCACUAUUGACCUACUCAUAUAAUUAAAGAAAUAAAUCUCCAAUAUAUAAUUCUUUUAAUUAAUCUGGUGCUUUUCUGUCCUUUUUCUUGGGGUUCAGUUUAGACUGAUAGUAACAUGUUUUAUUUUGAAAGGCCGCAAGGUUAAGUUGUUUUUGAUUUUAUUGUUAACUGAAUUGAAUUUUCCAUUUGAAUGUUUUAUGUAUUACAUUGAAUUUGACUUUGUCAGACCACAGAAACAUAGACAUGCUUCUGUUUCAUAAUGCUGUAGAGAGAAUGUGUUUGUGUUGUCAUUAUAUUUCAGCAUCUACCAACACACCGACACUCUGAAUCCACUGCAUCUCUUGUUCACAGAAGUCGUUCUAGUGGCAUGUAUUCUUGUGUUUGGUGAAUGUACACACACACACACACACUCCAGAGAACAGACUGAAACCCAUGUAAACAUACAGUACAAACACUCCCUGUACUGCAUCAUGAUAUUGAUGUGCAUCUGCGUUUUUGUAUUGUGCAUGUCUUGUAAUGAUCAUUGACAGAACUGGAAAUAUCCAGCUUGACAUGUUUGGUUCCAUACUAUUACACACAAGUUUUAUAGGGUGAGCGUAACUAAAGAUUGGAUUUUACUUUGGAUUUACCAAAAUUCUCUAAACUUAGUGAACAUGGUCACAAAUUGGAUUAGUGACCUAGAAGCAAAAAUAAUUAUAAUCUGAAUUAAUUUGACAUCAUAACCUUUUUUUGUUUGUUUGUUUUUCUGUUGCAAAACAUUGUUUAUUUCCAAGUUUAAAUUAGAUUUUGAAUUUCAGAUUUUUUAAUGUUGUUGUUGAAUGCCACUGUAUUUCUCUCUCUCUCUCUCUCUCUCUCUCUCUCGAAUACAAUUUAUUGUUCCCAGGUUGGUGUACAGUACAAAUAGCUCAGACGUUUGAUAAAGCACAAGCAUAAACAUAAACAGAUUUCAUGUAAUCUGGAUUCAGUGACUGUGGAGAUUUGAAUCCAAUCUGUCCACAUGUUUGUGUAUGAGUGGACUUGUCCGUCAGUAAAUCAUGUUGCACAACUCCA